AUGAGCAAAACUAUGCAUGCUAUUAUGGCUGAUCAUCAGCACCAUAAUCAAGAAUGUAUGGGUUUAUUGCCAGACCAUCGAUGCGGUAGUAAAGUAGCCGCUACGUUGAAUCAAGAUGAAAUGCCAUGUAGAGUAAGAUUUUAUAGUAGCUUUGUUGUUAACUGCACAUAACCAGAUUUUUUAAAUAGAAAUGAUCAACAUAGACAAAAAAUAAUUUACAAAUCUUAUAUUUUAGGUACAAACAAAAGAAAAACCGGUAGUAUUGAUGAUUGCACCUCAAACGAUCCUAACCGACCCUGAUUCAGAAGAAGCCCGCCGCGAACUUGCUAGACUACGCACUAAUUAA